CAUUCAUAACAGGAAAAAUGGCCUCUACGGGCCAGAGAGCCUUUGCUCAGAAAUUAAGCAAACAAGGUGCGGCAGAGGUGCGCAGACAGGUGUCUUCAACCAUCUUUAUUGCACCUGAGCCUUCCAACUCCAGUGCCAAGAGCACCACCCACUCUCAUAGUAGUACAGGCAGCACUUUCAUCACCCACCACACUCAGCAAACAACAGGGACACUUGCAAAUGAUGGGAUUGAACCUCCAGAUUUUGAGGACUUUGUUAUACAAAAUCAGUGCCUCAUUGAACGAGAUCCUUUCAAGGACCUACUGUUAUACCCAGAAGAUGAUAUCGAUGUCCAUACAGUGCCUAAAACAAGUCGUACUGUCACGCCAAUUGUCCCUGAGUCAAGCGAUCUGGAUCCAAUAGUCAAAGACUGUGUGCAGCGAUAUACGUCGGAUUACACUGUUGUCACCCGCAGAUACCAGAGAUACAGCUCGAGUUUCCACAGCAAGGAGAAGCUGGCCGACCGAGAUGGCAUCAUACAUCAAGAGUAUGAGAUUGAUGACAUGGAUGAGAUGCCCAUGGAGCAUGAAAAGCAGGAGAGCAACAAGCGACAGUCCCUCCACUUGAACGAGACACCCCGCGGCAGCUGGGCCAGCAGUAUAUUUGACCUGAAACAGAGCCAGGCAGAUGCUCUCCUAUCAAACCUGUUUGAACGUAUGUCAUAUGACGAUGUUGACCGCAACAACGAGAACCAGCGCCAACAGAACAGACAGGACAACAUCUUCAGUCUGUAUCCACCACAAGAUGAGGAGGAGUGUAUUGAGAGACGAGUACCAGUGGAGACCCCCAAGGAGCACUUCGGACACCGAAUACACGUCAAAUGUCUACAGCUGUCUCUAGAGAUGGAGGUCGAACCCAUCUUUGUUUCACUCGCAUUGUACGAUGCUAGAGAGAGGAAGAAGAUCUCGGAGACAUUCCACUUCGACAUGAACUCCGACCACCUGAAACGAAUGAUCAGCAUGCAUGUUCCACGGCAGGACAUCUCCACCCUCAGUGGCUGCAACUUCAGCAUCACCUACCCCACCAAUGAUGUCUUCCUGGUUGUCAAGCUGGAGAAGGUGCUGCAGCAGGGAGACAUCAGUGAGUGUGCAGAGCCCUACAUGAAGGAGGACAAGUCGGCUAAAGAAGAAAAGUACCGUGCACAGGCUGCUCAGUUUUGUGAUCGCCUUGGCAAGUAUCGUAUGCCGUUUGCCUGGACGGCCAUCUAUCUGAUGAACAUUGUAGGGGGACAGAGCAACAGCCUGGAGAGGGAGGCCUCCGUUGAGAAGUCCGUGGACCAUGAGUCUCCCUCAACCCGAGCAGCGAGUUUGGAUCGGCGGAGUGGAGUUGGGGGUCAGUUCUCGGGUUUCCGAAAACAGUCCAAAGAUGACCUGCUGGCUGGACGUAGGGGCUCCAUUGACCGUGGUCGAGCUGGUUAUGAGAAGAGACGUAGUUGGUCACCAGAGAGCUAUGGAGCAAGUCUGGACAACUUCAGGCCUGUCACACUGACUGUCUCCAGCUUCUUCAAGCAGGAGAGUGAAAAGCUGAGUGACGAUGAUCUGUACAAGUUCCUGGCUGACCUCAAACGUCCAUCAUCAGUUCUAAAGAGGGUUAAAUGCAUUCCCGCAACAUUAAAGCUUGAUGUGUCGCCCUGCCCAGAGGAGCCUCGCUACAACCUCACCCCCGAACUGUGGAAGGUGGAGCCCUACCCUGACGACAAGGGCCGCCCCACCAAGGAGGUUACCGAGUUCCCUGCCAAGGAGGUCUUCAUGCCUUACUGCACAUACAAAAAUCUCCUGUUCGUGUACCCCAAGUCCCUGAACUUCACCAACCGCCAGGGCUCGGCUCGUAACCUGGCCGUCAAGAUCCAGUACAUGGUGGGAGAAGAUGAGGUGCAUGCAAUACCGGUGAUAUUCGGCAAGUCGAGCUGCCCCGAGUUGACCCGAGAAGCCUACACAGCAGUCACCUACCACAACAAAUCCCCAGACUUUUAUGAAGAGAUCAAGGUGCGGUUGCCGGGACGACUGAAUGAGCAGCAUCACCUGAUGUUCACAGUGUACCACAUCAGCUGCCAGGUGAAGAAGAACGAGCCCACACCUGUCGAGAUACCUGUCGGUUACACUUGGCUGCCGUUGAUGAAAGACGGACGGCUGCAGACAGGAGAAUUCUCGCUGCCGGUCUCCGUGGAGAAGCCUCCUCCUCGCUUCUCCAUGCUGCAUCCAGAUAUCAAGCUGCCCAACAUGAAGUGGGUAGACAACCAGAAGUGUGUGUUCAGCGUCAACAUCAAAGCUGUCUCGUCAGUUCACUCUCAGGAUGAACACAUCGAUCGCUUCCUGCAUUACAUCAACGCAGCACAGGAACAGAAGAUCCCGCCCCGCAUGACGGAAGUUCACUUUGAGAAUGAGUUGAAGCGAAGCAUCAUGGAUGUUGUGAAGGCCAAGGGAGAGAACCUCAUCCACUUCCUGCCCCUCAUCCUGGACAAACUGAUCAUGCUGAUGGCGAGACCACCAGUAAUUGGAGGAAAUAUAUUAAAUACGGGCCAGAGUUCAUUUGAGGCGAUUGCCCAGAUAGUUCAGCAGUGCUCUGAGCUCCUGGAGGACAAGAACGACGCCAACGGACGUAACUCCAUCCUUGCCGCCUACAUCCAGUACUGCAGUAAAAUACCAAGCCCUCUGUCAUCACAGAACUCCCCCCAAGGCCUUGGCAGCCCCACCAUGCACUCCCAGGGUGGCUACAACACUCUGGGGCGGCCGUCGUCCCUCCCCAUCACCAAACAGUCCUACAUGAGAAGUACCAGUAAUCCUGACCUGGCCGGACUGACCCCAACAUCCCCGGAUGCUGAGGUGUUCGGCUUCAAUGGUCUCUUGCUGGGCGUUUUGGAGCGUGGAGGCAGUGUGAAGAUGGAUGACAUUGGAACCCAGGGAUUCACCAAGAUUAGAGGGAAGAAACUAGUCCAUGAAGAGCUGGCUUUACAGUGGGUCGUAUCGAGUGGCUCAAUGAGGGAGACAGCACUCGCCAAUGCCUGGUUCUUCUUCGAACUUAUUGUGAAGAGUAUGGCCGAGCAUCUAAGUCAAGCAGAUCGACUCACUGCUCCGAGACAGAUGCGCUUCCCUGACCACUUCUUGGACGAUAUCUCCUCCCUCGUCAACACGCUCAUCAGAGACAUCGUCGACAGAUAUAUCCGGGAUCCUCCUUUGAUCAAGAGCCUGAACACCAGCCUGGCGUUCUUCCUCCAUGACCUGAUGUGUCUGAUGGACCGAGGCACCAUCUUCACAUACAUCCACACCUACUGUCGCACGAUUGCAGGCCGCAUGUCCCAGUUGUCGGACUCCACCAGCCUCAUCCUGCUUCGCCUCGACUUCAUCCGCAUCAUCUGCUCCCACGAACACUACUUCCCCCUCAACCUCCCCUUCGCCACCCCCCUCACCCCUUCAGGUACUGCCAGCCCCACCCCCAGCUCUGGCAGUGCCAUCUCACACCACUCCUUCGCUUCCAACACAUCCACCAGCACUCUGACAGACAAGGGCGUGUUCCUCGAGCUGACGCCAGAGUUCCGACAGCAGCACUUCCUUGUGGGUCUCGUGUUGUCUGAUCUCUCAGCAGCCUUUGAUACAUUCAAUCCAUCCAUCCAUCAGAGGGCUGUCAAUGUUGUUCGCAACUUGUUGUAUAACCACGAUCUGGAUGUACGCUACACCAACCCAGAGGUGAAAGGCCGCCUAUCUGCCAUGUACCUGCCUCUGGUGGGGAUUGUGAUGGGGGCACUACCCCAGAUGUACGACCCGAAUGCUGAAGGUCGGAACAGAGAGUCAAGUAACUUUGAUGAGGAGGGGGACAAGAUCAGCAAGAAACUGGCCCUGGCUAUUGCUGGUGCAUCCUUCUGUGCCAGUGGAGAGGCACCCUAUGACCCGAAUGAGCCAUCAGGGAAGAUUAGGAAAUGUCCUCUGAACAUGGAAACCACGCGGAACUUGCUCAUCUGUUUUCUGUGGGUGUUGAAGAACGCAGAACACACCUUAUUGAAGCAGUGGUGGGGGGACCUGCCGAUGGUGAAGUUGAACAAGCUCCUGGAGGUCGUCUACUUCUGCGUGUCCAACUUCGAGUACAAGGCCAAAUGGGCAAUCAUCAACUAUGACCUUCUGACACAAUUACGACUAUUGCGUCCGAACUUGUCAUCGUCGGAAGAAACCUUGGAAGAUUGGGGCAGCGGCAGUAACGGUGGUGAUAGCCCCCCUCACACUCAGCGGCCUAAAAGCCACACCCUGCCCAAAUCUCAAUCACUCCACGAGCAGCUUUGGGAGGGAAUUCAGAGAAAGUCACAGGAUUUUAUUCGGGGCACGGGGACUCUGCUUAAUCGCAGCUUCUCCCGAGAUGAUCCCACAGGGCAGGGCAAAAAGAUGCUGGCUCAGUACUCCCAGCAGACGCUGAAGCGGAGCACUGACAUGAAGUCACGCUUGGAGGAAGCCAUCUUGGGCACUGGUAAUGCUCGCACAGAGAUGAUGAUGCGUCGACGUGGGACUGCAGGCAGUCUGUCUGGUGACCGGACUCCGCCUGUACUGGCUCCAGAAGGUGGCUCCAUGAGGCUCCGAUGGAGGAAGGACCAGGUCCAGUGGCGGCACUCCAUGGAGAUACAGGACAGCAUGAAGCCACGUGACGUUGAGUCUGAUGCACAUGUGGAGGGGAGCCUGGCUGCAGAGGUCAGCAUGAUCUCGCUGGACACUCUGGAGCUCAUCAUACAGAUUGCGCAGACUUCCGACGAGAUGCAGCCCCUCCUCAGCAGCGGUCUACGUGUCCUGCUGCACAUGCUUGGACUCAACCAGAGCAUGCUGGUCUUGCAGAACCUCUUCUCCACACAGAGGGCACUUGUCACCAAGUUCCUGGACCUGCUGUUUGAGGAGGAGACGGAGCAGUGUGCUGACUUGUGUCUGCGUCUGCUGCGACACUGCAGCUCCUGCAUCAGCAACACCCGCUCCCAGUCCUCCGCAUCCCUCUACCUCCUCAUGAGGCACAACUUCGAACUGGGAAAUAACUUUGCUCGGGUGAAGAUGCAGGUGACAAUGUCCCUGUCAUCACUUGUGGGACAGAAUCAGAACUUCAAUGAGGAGUACCUCCGCAAAUCCCUCAAGACCAUACUGACAUAUGCAGAGUUUGACCAUGAGCUUCAGGAAACGUCCUUCCCAGAGCAGGUGCGAGACCUCGUGUUCAACCUCCACAUGAUCCUGUCUGACACUGUCAAGAUGAAGGAGUACCAGAAUGACCCCGAGAUGCUGCUCGACCUCAUGUACCGCAUUGCCAAGGGUUACCAGACCUCCCCAGACCUCCGACUCACCUGGCUCCAGAAUAUGGCCCAGAAACACAGCGAGCGGAGCAACCAUGCCGAGGCAGCCCAGUGUCUGGUGCAUGCAGCGGGACUGGUGGCGGAGUACCUGAAUAUGCUAGAGGAUAAACCCUACCUUCCAGUAGGCUGUGUGGCAUUCCAGAAAAUAACAUGGAAUGUGCUGGAGGAGAGUGCCAUCUCGGAUGAUGUGGUGUCGCCCGACGAGGAGGGUAUCUGUUCUGGGAAGUACUUCACGGAGAACGGCCUUGUGGGCCUGCUGGAGCAGACUGCUAGCUCCUUCACAAUGGCUGGUAUGUACGAGGCUGUGAACGAGGUGUACAAGAUCCUGCUGCCUAUCCACGAAGCAAGCCGUGACUACAAGAAGCUGGCCCACAUCCACCAAAAGCUGCAGGAGUCCUUCAACAAUGUCAUCAGAAUGGAAGGAAAGCGGAUAUUCGGGACAUAUUUCCGUGUAGGGUUCUACGGCUCAUUGUUUGGAGACUUGGAUGGAGAGGAGUUUAUCUACAAGGAACCUGCGAUCACAAAACUCCCAGAAAUAUCUCACAGGCUUGAGAGUUUCUAUGGUGACCGGUUUGGCUAUGACGUUGUGUCAACUGUAAAGGAUUCAAACACCGUGGAAAAGGAAAAACUGGAUCCUGCCAAGGCCUACAUACAGAUCACAUACGUUGAGCCGUACUUCGACAUGUAUGAGUUCAGGGACAGGAUCACCUACUUUGACAAGAACUACAACAUCAAGCGGUUCAUGUACGCCACGCCCUUCACGCUGGACGGCCGCGCCCACGGUGAGCUUCAUGAGCAGUACAAGAGGAAGACCAUCCUCACAACUACCCACACAUUCCCCUACGUCAAGACGCGCAUGACGGUCAUAGAGCGGCAACAGAUCAUCCUGUCACCUGUGGAGGUGGCAAUAGAGGAUGUACAGAAGAAGACCCGUGAACUGGCAUUAGCCUUGAACCAGGAGCCUCCUGAUCUAAAGAUUCUGCAGAUGGUGCUUCAGGGAUGCAUUGGGACAACUGUAAACCAGGGUCCCCUGGAGGUGGCGCUGGUGUUCCUGGCAGACGUAGCAGGGGGCACACAACUCCCCAGCAAACACCACAACAAGCUCCGGCUAUGCUUCAAGGACUUCCUCAAAAAAUGCAGUGACUCACUGCAGCGUAACAAGGCGCUCAUCCCCCCGGAGCAGAAGGAGUACCAACGGGAGCUGGAGCGGAACUACCACAACUUCAAAGAAAAACUGCAGCCAAUGAUCUGCUCCAACAUUGUCUCUCUCAACAAACGAUCUCGCCACAAGAACAAAGAGGCCAAGGAACGUUUGAAGCGUCAAGAGGCAAAUACAUCCCAGUGUUGAGUUAUGGAGUCCUGGAAUCUUCAUCACACACGUCUGACUCCAGACUAGUCAGAGGACUAGUUCGACCUUUUGGCUUGACCAACCCUCAUUCUGUAGUCAAAAGGUCACAUUGUCAACUCAACAUUCUGGCCAUGUUUUUACGUAUAGAUCAAGUCGAAAUCCUCAACCAUGGAAUGAUAGAUAGACUAUGGACUUCUGUCUCAACAGGACUUGUAUAAUUUGAACUGAUAUCACCAAGAUAUCCUCAGCAGAUGGGGCCAGCUUGCUAUCCACAUUGACUCUGCAGACAUUACAACUUUCAGUGUAUGAACGCCACAACACAUCGCCUCAGAUGAUAGGAGCUGGAGUAGGACAGGGAUGUGGUUGAUCCUCCUCGCUUACACAGGAACUAGUCAUUGGUGUCAUUGCUAAGCCAAACCAGUCUGUUGUUACCUUCUGCAGAAUGGAGUGUAUGUUUCUGCUUGAACUGGAACCAUCUAAUCCCCCCCAGCCAUAAGAAGGGGUGUACAUUGCAUAAUUGCCGACCUGACAUUCUGUCACAACAUGCUUACCAGAGCCGGAUACAGGAUGUCUGAGGUGAAAAGUGGUUCACAGUUUGAAUAUGUUGCCUUUUUGGGUUGCAAGUGUUUCAGAUUCUGGAUUCAUUGCUUCAGUGUGUUGGCUCAAAUAGACAAUGAUUGUAGGGUUGCUGAUGAAUCUGUUUCAGUACCAUAAAGACGGCUCUUGGUGUCAGGUUGGUUGAGCUUUCAAUAGCUGUGUGGUGAAAUAGAAAGCCCCCUCUAUCUGGAUCAGCCAGUUCUGUUGAUUGCUAGGAAAGGAAAUGUGCAAUACUGUUGACAUUAUAGUCUCACUGUUGCCUUCACUUGCAAUACUUUUAUUGCAUUGCUUGUUGCAGGUGUCUCGGUAAUCUAAGAAUGUUUACCAAGUAAUACCUAUCAAAUGUAUUAUCUCCAGAUGCAAAUCUAGAACAUUCAAUACAUAUUUGAAUAUUUUGAAGGAAACCCUAGUUUUCACUCCUGUAAUUCGACUAAAACUGAUUUCUCUAUACCAGAGUACUGUUUCCACUGGACCACAUUUGCCUGUGUGCUUACGAUCAUCAUGAAAUGUCUCUCCAGUGUAUAAAAUGUCCCUUGAUGAAACAUUCUGUCUAGAGGUGAUUUGUAGGUGUUGAAUGGUUUUUUCUGAUGUCACGUCACAUUGUAAUAUUGUCAAGCCAUGACAGACAGACCUAUGCUAAUAUAUUCCACUUAAAGAAGACACUUUACCUGUGAUAAUACCAUAUGAAUUUCUACAUUAACUAAUUAUAUUUAAACUGAAAGUUAAUCAAACCCAAGGGAUAUAGCUGCUAUCAAAGCCAGUAUUCAAUAAACACAAGUUUGAUAGAC